UCUAGAAUGGAUACAGCUAUUGUCAACAUGUACUUUUUGUAGCAGAUUUAGAAUAAUUUAUUACGCAGUUUAGGAUAACUAACGCAUCAGAUUAGGAUUAUUAGGUUAAGGCUAGGAAAAGAGGAAGGUUUAGCUGAUAUUCAAAACAUGUCAAUAAUAUACUUUUAUCGACAAUUUGACAAAAGCUGUAUCCCAUCUAGGCAUGACCUUGUUUAGCUGGCUAUCUAGCUAUUUGUCCUGUAUUUUUAAACGUUUUCUAAUUUUAGCAGCCCGGUUUAUUAACUCGAAUAUUUGGUCUCGGGAAUAAAACAGUAGCACCGAUGACCGACUGCGAGGGACUUCAAGACGUUUCAUGUAGUUUUUACUCCUGAAGAAUAUGGAGGUAGUGGACAGUCCUCUUAACCUCGCCCAUCAGCAGUCCAGGAAGGCAGACCGCUUGUUGGCAGCUGGUAAAUAUGAAGAAGCUAUUUCCUGCCAUGGGAAAGCUGCAGAGCUGCUGAGGGAAGCCAUGAAGUUAACAGAAUGUGAACAGGCUGGCUUGUCCAUGGCGCUCCAGAGAGACAGCCACGUGAAGCAGCAGCGGCUUAUUGAGGAGAAGUGGAAGAGGACCAGACAGGAGGGCAAUCCCAUGGUCCUCCUGAGCCACCCCUCUACCGACCAGCCCCCCGGCCUCGUGACCAACGAGCCCCCCCGCCACCCAGAGAGGGAGUACGACACCUGGCUGUACCUCCUGAAGAACAAGGGCUCCCCCCCUCCCCCCACACCCUGCCCCGGCAGCAAGGCCCACAAGGAUGAUAAGACCCGUCUGGAGGAGCAGCAGACCACCAUCGCCAGCCUGCGGCGCCACAUAGACAUUCUGCUGGGAGAGAACGAGAAACUGACCCAGGACAACAAGCGCCUGCGAGGGGAGAACAUCCGGCUGAAGAGGGAUGCAGCGGACACAGACUUACUGGAGAAAUCAGAGCUGUGGGUUCUUCCCCAGUCAGAGGAGAGGAGGAACAAGGACAUCUCCAUACCUAACCUGCCCCCUCUGGAGAUGCCCACCCAGGACAUCUCUCUGGACGACCUGCCUGCCCUGGAGCUCCCCGAGGACAUCCAGCACGAACUGCAGGCGCUGCUGGACAGAGACAACAAGCUGUGAGGAGACAGGCGGACAGACAGCCCAGUACUAACUAACUAAAGGAAGCCUCUCUACAGAGAGACUGUCCAGACUGGACUGGAAGAAAGCUGGCAAAUCUCAAUAAGUGUUUGAUUGGUUGGUGACCUCAGGCACUAGAUAGCAACCACAAAUGGUCACCGUGACAAGUUGGUAAAGGUCAUUUCUCCUAGUUCUGUCUGUCUCCUCAGUGUCUCUACUAGUGGGUACUACAUCUCGUUCACAUACACACACAAAACAAACUCUUUGCAGAAAUUGUGCCUUUGAAAAUGUCUGAAAUGAAGUCAAAAGGGAGGUGACCAUCAUCAGUGAUCUCCCUGCUUUGAUAACAGGCCUCUAUAUCUGGAGGCCCUGAUUGGUCGACUGGGACGACCUGCUAACCCUCUGAUACCCACCAGGGGCGACCUACUGACCCUCUGAUACCCACCAGGGACGACCUACUGACCCUCUGAUACCCACCAGGGACGACCUACUGACCCUCGGAUACCCACCAGGGACGACCUACUGACCCUCGGAUACCCACCAGGGACGACCUACUGACCCUCCGAUACCCACCAGGGACGACCUACUGACCCUCCGAUACCCACCAGGGACGACCUACUGACCCUCCGAUGCCCACCAGGGACGACCUACUGACCCUCCGAUACCCACCAGGGACGACCUACUGACCCUCCGAUACCCACCAGGGACGACCUACUGACCCUCCGAUACCCACCAGGGACGACCUACUGACCCUCCGAUACCCACCAGGGACGACCUACUGACCCUCCGAUACCCACCAGGGACGACCUACUGACCCUCCGAUACCCACCAGGGACGACCUACUGACCCUCCGAUACCCACCAGGGACGACCUACUGACCCUCCGAUACCCACCAGGGACGACCUACUGACCCUCCGAUACCCACCAGGGACGACCUACUGACCCUCCGAUACCCACCAGGGACGACCUACUGACCCUCCGAUACCCACCAGGGACGACCUACUGACCCUCCGAUACCCACCAGGGACGACCUACUGACCCUCCGAUACCCACCAGGGACGACCUACUGACCCUCCGAUACCCACCAGGGACGACCUACUGACCCUCCGAUACCCACCAGGGACGACCUACUGACCCUCCGGUACCCACCAGGGAUGACCUACUGACCCUCCGGUACCCACCAGGGACGACCUACUGACCCUCCGGUACCCACCAGGGACGACCUACUGACCCUCCGAUACCCACCAGGGACGACCUACUGACCCUCCGAUACCCACCAGGGACGACCUACUGACCCUCCGAUACCCACCAGGGACGACCUACUGACCCUCUGGUACCCACCAGGGAUGACCUACUGACCCUCCGGUACCCACCAGGGACGACCUACUGACCCUCCGAUACCCACCAGGGACGACCUACUGACCCUCCGAUACCCACCAGGGACGACCUACUGACCCUCCGAUACCCACCAGGGACGACCUACUGACCCUCCGAUACCCACCAGGGACGACCUACUGACCCUCUGAUACCCACCAGGGACGACCGACUGACCCUCUGUUACCCACCAGGGAUGACCGACUGACCCUCUGAUACCCACCAGGGAUGACCUACUGACCCUCUGGUACCCACCAGGGAUGACAUGAUGACAGCCGCUGCAGUGGAGCCUCUUUGGAGCCUGAUCUACAUCCAUAGUGUGUGAGUGUUGAUGUGUUGUUGUGUUGAGCCCCACCAGCUGUCUGCCAGAUGUCUGGUGGGGAGAGUAAGGCUGCAGAAUACCAAGAACCUUUAAAUGAAAACCUGGUUGGAUGCUUCCGGAUUCUCUGCUUAUUCCAAACCAGGAUUUCUGUAAAACUAGAUCAGUUAUUGAAGGUUCCUGGAAUUCUGCAGCCCUAGUAGAGAAGAGUAUCACUGAGUGAAACUGCAGUUUAAAUCCUCUCACCUUUCCUUCAUCCUCAUCAUUUUUUACCAACAACCUGUGAAGGAGUUUAGAUGUUAAAGCUGAAUGGUGUUUGUCUUUCAGCCCUUCAAUGCAACGUUUGUUUCUUUGGCAUUUUAAAUGUUUCUUAAUAAAUGAAAACAAGCGUA